AUGAAAGCAGAUAAAGAAGCACAACUCCAACAGUCUCAGAUGUGUGUAGUUGAAGGAUCUACAGCUUCAAACGUGAUGUCCCGCGAAGAGAUUAACCAGAUGGUUCUUGAGAAUGUCCCAGUUAAGAAAGGUCGUCGCUAUGGUUUAGGCCGUGUUUCAGAGGGGAUCUCCUCUAGUAGCCAAACAACCUUUUCUUCCUCGGGAAUUAUGAAUGUGAUGGAAUAG